AUGCCAGAUUGUUCUGAAAACCUUUCAACAGUGAUUGAAAACCAUGUUCCGUCAUUGGAAGAACUCAAAGAGGUUUGUAUGCAUAGUUAACAUUAGCUCUGUUUCAGGUUUUCCUAUUUCAGGUUUUCCAAAAGUCACUCACUUCAAAUUUCGAAAAUGUGCACGUCGAUAUUGUAGACUGUCCAGGUGAGCAACUAAGAAGCACCACUUCUACAACUGUUUCGUUUCCAGAUCUCUCAAAACCUCCAUUCAAUCAGACUUCCUCCGGAUUCGGACACAAUUUGAGAAUAGCCGAAGUCGGCGGUCCCGGCAACUUGUUCCCAGGAUUCCACAUCGAUCAUCAGUUCGACAUCCGAACCAUCGGAAAAGUGUGCGAGCACCCGGAAGCAUCCGUCUUCGGUCCGGGAGCCGGUCCCUGGCCGAUUGUGGGUCAGAACAGCGAGAUGGUGGCCGAUGUGAACCUGAAAACGGGGAAAACCGCGACGAGAAUUGCCGAGAUCAAGCCGGGAAAUCAAGCCGGAGACAAACUGUAUCUGCAGAGAAGUAUCACCGAGCCAAAGUUCAGUCUGAUGGCCAAUCUCGCCCUUUCGGACGCCGAUAAGCCGUCGAGAGUCGGUCAGUAUGCAUUUUCUUUCUUUUUUAAAUCUUUUUUAACUUUUCAGUUCAUUUCAAAGUUUUUGUCAGGAAAGGCGCUAAGAACCUGACACAUUCCAUUCGGGAUGGCCUUCAAGAGCACUUUGGAGAGAGGUAAAAUACGAAGAUCAACUUCUUUCAUCCACAAUUUCUCCGUUGCAGAGUGGUAUCCCUCGCCGGCCAGUUCAUAAUCCAUUCGGGAAAAGCAAAGCUGCACGUGAUGCCCGACUUCCCCGGAUGUCCGUUCGAAAACAAUCAGCAAGUCGACCAAUGGCUCAACUACUUUGAAAUGGACGCUCCGCUCGUGUGCGCCACUGUCAUGCACUCGCACGACCCCGGCCACAACUUGAGAUUGGAGCACACCCACUGCUACAGUAACCACGGCGACGCGGGCCACUACCACUACGAUGUUAGCCCCGAAACUGUGUCCUACGAGGGCUGGUUCUCACCGGCUUCCCGGAUUUAUCGGAUUGAUGAGGUUGCCAAUCGCUAA